AUGGCAGUUCCGCACAAGUCCAAGGGCGCAGAGGUGGCAUUGCCGCCGAUAGCUGCCCUGUUCCUCGUUGUCUUUGACCGCAAGGUAGGCUACACGAUAGCAUGGAAACGUGCAAUCCCUGAUGUCAAACUCGAUGGCGUCGUCGAGUACAAGUCGCUGCCCUCGGGCCUCCACAAUUGUCACUCGGAUCUCGUCUACUUCGUCCACGACCAAUAUGCCGGAAUCAGUGCUUUCGCAAAUCGCCCUGCCAAUGAGUCCGAAAGAAACGCCCACUUCGCUGCCGUCGGUGUCCUCGUUCCUUUGACAUACGGUCGUCUUGGAAGGUCCUGGUUGCAUGCUGACCACCUUCACCGUCUGGUCUCGAACUUAGUCGACGACACAGACAACACCAACACCCUUCAAGACUAUUGGGAACACAACCGCUUGCCCAACCCUGACCAUAAACCUCUUGAACAUGACCAACACUUGAACCGACGAAAGUCCCGCGCUCUGUCUGAUGCUGCAGGCUUGCAUCCAUCCAACCCUACUCUGUCUCAAGACCAUCCCGCCAUGUCCCUGGCCCAUGAUCUUGACGUCUUCGGUCCCCUCAUCUUCCCGCUCCAGAGAGCCGCACUUCUCAAGAAAAGCAUAUUAAUCAUGUCGUCCGCCCCCGUCCAACCCGCCUGCAAUCUUGUCUACAAUCUAUCCGUCUUGUCCAAUAUUCCUCCCUCGGCAGCAGAAAUGGCAGCCAAGAACGAGGCCUUGUACCCACUCAGACCUCUGUUCAACGUCGGCAUCCAUGAUAUCGACAAUUUGUCUCAAUUGGCCACCAAAUCCAAGCCACAAAAUUCCUGGAUCGCGUGCAGCACCGAUGAUAUACUAGCGACCAAAUCUAAACUCUACGACGUACUGGUUGAAUUGCCGCCGCAAACAUCUGAUACUUCUGCUGCCAGACGAUGGCCUCGAAUUCGUACUUCCACUGGUGAAGACAUCAAAGCCACUCAGCGCGACUUGAGGCGCUACUACACGCUCAAACGGGAACUGACUAGAGUGCAAUACCAAAGCCAGGCAUACUCGGAUGGGGAAGCCGACGAUCAAGUGGACCAAAACUCGAGCGAAAGUGCACCUCUUGUGCCAUCUUUGCAAGACAAAAACGCCGAUUCUGAUCAAUACGUCCAACUUGAAGGAGAAUCAAAAUUGGUCGAGCCUUCUUCGUGGGCAUCCAUCGCCUAUACUAGUUUUCUCUGGUGGGCUUCUGCUGGAGAAAAAGAUGCUUUGCUAAAUGACGAGGCAUGUCAAGAUGCAAGAUUGGUAGACGAUCUGCCUUUGCCCGCUCCAAGCAAGCAUAAGAGGCGUUCUUCGGCCCACGAUGGAGUAGAAGGGAUUAAUCUAAGGUCUCAAUCGGUGGCGGUGAUUCUGAUAGCAUACGCACAUCGCCUUACCACACUGGUUAUGGAGACAUUGACCGAGAUUGUCGAAGCUGCCGACGCUGAGGCCGAACAUGGAAACGAGGGCACAAUCACCAUUCACAGCGAAGACCUUAGAAGGAUGGGAUUGGAUGAAUGGAGUAACAGUGAUGCACAGUUCGUCAAAGAGAUGGCUGCGCUGUACUUUGGACGGGAGCACGUCCAAACGGUCGGGCGGACGGUUGAUCUCUGUGGCAUUAAUGUGUGUUGA